GAAGAUCCGAGACAAUCGCCGCGCUAAAACCAGACAGAACACCACCGAAGAAGCCUCAGCCUCUCCGAGGGGCCAAACAGAAAUGGCGGCUUCCUGCACGCUCGCGGUCUCUCCUGCCUUCGCCGCCUCAUGCUCCCCCUCCAGUUCAUCUCGCCGCUCCAGGCGAUUUGGGGUGGUGGCCAUGGCCAGCGUGGGGCAGAAGGUGUACGCCCCGGGCGUGGCGGUCUCCGAGGGCAACGGCGGGCUACCGAAGAUCAUCCUCAAAUCCCCGCAUGGGAGUGAGGCUGAAAUUUAUCUAUUUGGAGCAUGUGUCACGUCUUGGAAGGUCCCCAAUGGAAAGGACCUGCUCUUUGUCAGACCAGAUGCUGUGUUUAACGGUCAGAAACCCAUCAGUGGUGGAAUCCCACAUUGCUUCCCCCAGUUUGGCCCUGGCCCCAUGCAGCAGCAUGGGUUUGCAAGGAACGUGAAUUGGUCUGUCACUGAUUCAGAAGUUAAUGAAGGAGAUCCAGCUGUAACUUUGGAACUCAAAGAUGACUCUUACAGCCGUUCAAUGUGGGAUUUUAGUUUCCAAGCAUCAUACAAGGUUGCAUUGCACUCUACAAGCCUGUCAACAACCCUGAAAAUAACAAAUACAGAUGAUAAACCUUUCUCAUUCAACUCAGCUCUCCACACGUACUUCAGUGCUUCCAUUGCUGGUGUUUCAGUGAAAGGUCUCAAAGGUAGCAAGACCCUCAAUAAGGAUCCUGACCCUAAAAAUCCUCUGGAGGGCAAAGAAGAAAGGGAUGAAGUGACUUUUCCAGGAUUUGUCGACUGUGUUUACCUCGGCGCGCCCAGCGAGCUUAUCCUGGACAAUGGAUUGGGUGACAAAAUUGCCAUCUCAAAUGAAAAUUGGUCAGAUGCAGUGUUGUGGAAUCCUCACUUGCAGAUGGAGGCAUGUUACAAAGAUUUUGUCUGUGUCGAAAAUGCCAAGAUUGAAACAGUGCAACUGGGUCCGACACAAUCUUGGGUGGCAGAGCAGAAAAUUGAACUAAUCUGAAGUUCAUCGGUGCAAUCUGCAAUGUGACACACUGCGGCAGAUAUGUUGUAGAAGGGCCUCUCUUUUUUACCGUUCUGGCAAUGUAAACAUGUGCCAUUCCCCAAUGUACUUCAUUCAGCUUACACUAUGGCAUUAGAUGUACGGAGUACUAUUUUAUUUUUAUACGUAAAUGAAAAUUCAGCUCUCAUUUUCAUUC